AAUGAAAUCAUGGCUUAUACAAAGAUAUCUAACGUUAAAGAGGAUGAUGUUCUCGAAUGUUUCCUUUAUCCAAAAAUUUGUUAUGCAACACCUAUGGAGACUAUAACAGAAGAAAUACUUUUGCAAGAAAUUGCAAAAUUCAAUGAAAAAAUUGCACUAUAUAUUAAAAACUAUAUAUGGCAUCAUGAUAGUUUAAUUUUUCAUCCUAGAACAAAGCAAGCACUAUUAUUAGAACAACUUAUUGAAAAUUCAACUACUGUAGAAGAGAAAAAUGUAUUACCUCACAUUUAUGUACGUCUACGUUUUGAUGAAGACAUAAGUGAUGAAUGGUUUACAGUCUUUCUAAUAUAUAAACUUACACAGGCUUUUGAUGGAUUAAUUGCUAAAGUUAUAGAUUCUUAUGGAGAAUUUCUUUUAAUUGAGACUGCAGAUGUUUUACCUCCAUGGGCUAAUCCUGAAACAUGUGAAAACCAUGUAUUUGUAUAUAAUGGAGAACUGCACAUUGUUCGUGAAAAACAUAAGACAUUUUUGGAUUUAUUAAAUAAUGUUCAGGAGAAACCAUAUCUUUUUAAAGCUCCUGAAAAUGUACAAAAUGUUUUAAGAAAACGUAUUAAUAUUUACCCUGAUGAAAUCAAGAAAAGACAUUACAAGGCUCGAGUUUUUUUAUCAGAGAAAGCAGUUUCAAUACUUCGACAAGAACCAGCAUUGGUUGCAUUAGCUAUUCGAACCAUUUGUCAUUCCGAUCCACUUGAAAGAAAGGUUUGUCGUGCUAUGAGGUAUUUUCCUCCUGAACAACGUGUUAUGGUUAAUGUAAAAAUGACAAAAUGUUUAUAUGCAAUGGCAAAUCAUUGUCGAUACACAGGAGAUCCAAGAACAGGCUGGAAUAUACCACCAAUAACUUGUUCAAAGUACAAUGCUCAUAUACUUGGUAUUAAAAUAGCAUGUGGUCUAGAAAUGUUAAUUGCUCGUGCAAAUGAAGAGCGUAGAAAAAAAGAAAAGAGAACACUAAGUGAUCCUUUGAAUGAAAAAUUAAAAGCAAAUGAACACGUUUUAAAUGCAUAUUUAAUGCGUUUAGAAGCUAGUGGUUAUUUUAGAAAUUUAUUAAAAAGCAGCCAAGAAUAUGAAAAACUUCUAAAUGCAGCAAAAGAUUAUUAUCUCAAACAUUUAAAUCUAUAUUCUAUGACCAGUGUUAAUAAAAGUGAUGCUGAAAUAGUGUUAGAAGCAUGGGAAAACAUACAAUCUAACGAUGUUGAAUUGCAUGCUCAAGAUGAAGCUACAUUAAGCCCUGCAGAUAGUGAUAGUUGGUUAAAGGUAGAUCCAGUGCAGUUAGAAACAUUUUUAAAUGAACAUUGGGAAACUGCUAAAAACGAUAAACAUGAACAAAAAUCGUUAAGUCUUAAAGAGAAAGUACAAAUAUUCCUAAAUCAAAAUAGUGAUAUUGAUGGUGUACAAUUUUUGGAAGAUCAUUUAACUGAAGCCGAAGUGAUGCAUGACCCAGAAGAUAAUGGAAAAAUUGAAUUUGAUGCAGACAUAUUUGACUGUACUUUACGAGGUAUAUUAGAUUUAGUUGUUCCAGGGAAUGAAGGAGAAUUUGAAGGAAGUUCAGAAGGAUCUUUGGGUGAAGAUGAUGAAGAUAAAGGAAAUGAAAUGGAUAAAUAUAUGCGAUUAUUACAUUCAGAAUUACAAUCCGAAAUGGAAAAAGAUGAGAAUUCUGAAAUGAAUAAAAACUCUGACAUUAUAGAAGAUAAUUUGAUGAAAAGUAUUACUGAAGAAGCAGGUGGAUCAGGACCAACAGGAAAUAUAAUAGGUGGACCUACUCGACGAUUUAUGCAUUUGCAGUUACAAUCACCUACUAAAGUACCACCUGACUUACAAAGUUAAUAAUUUUACCUACACUUAUAUAUUUAUCAAAUCAUAUUAACAUCUGUUAACAUUCGUAUUGAUUGUUCUAUACAAAUAAAGUAUAAAUGUUUAUCACAGUAAGACCUCGAUUAAUCGGCUUAAUUGGGAGACAAACAGAUCGGAUGAAUCGAGACCCAACGGAUAAUCGCAAUCUGGUUAAUUGAGGUCCUACUGUACUUUGAAAAAGUUUUAGGGUGAAUGUUUUUAUCUUAUAUCAAAA